AUGCCACCUUCGCCUCCGCCCUCCAGUCCCGCCUCCGGGUGUCCCUAUGAUCCCAACAUCAGUGGUGAUUCUGGCGAGACACUGAAUCUCGUCAGGGACCACUACGGCGAUCUCCUUCUGGUCACUCCGGCCGAUUUUUUGUCUUUCCCAGUCCCAGUCCGUACAGGGGAACAAGACUUCAGCUUUCCCAACCUCAUAACUGCCCCAAGCCCCACCUCUGAGGAUGUUCAAACCACAGAUCCUGACCUCUUAGAAAAUGAUACUGAGGAUCCACCUGCUGUUCUCGAAGUAUAUGAUUGGUGGAACAAGCUCAGCCUCUCCUAUAAAUUCUGCUUCAGUGAUUUGCUCUUGAGGUUUCGGUCAUGCCUCAUUGACUCUAGGGAUGACUACCUUUUGACCGCACAUAGCUCCGUCAUAGCCAAGUAUCUCUUACCGGCACUAAAAUUUGCGAAUCGGGAUAUCUUUGAUCCUGUGAGCAACCUCGGGCCGCUAGAAAUCAGAGAAGUGCGAACAGCAAAUGGCAUGGACCAGGCCUUCAUACUGGGAUUCCGCAUCCAUGACAAGUCCCAAGGUUGGGAUGCUAAUCCCAAGUUCACCAAGUUUUCUGAGGAGAUACCGAUGAACAAGAGGGCUCUAUUAACAGGGAUAUUUUUGAAACCUGGAACGAUACACCGGGAUGACUUGACUGGUGACUCCAAACCCAUGAUGGUUCCUUCAGGAAGUCAGAUCGGAAUGAUCGUUCUGGAGCUUAAACGCCUAUGUGAUAUUACUGGCGCAUCAUAUGGCUUCUUCUCUGACGAGAUAGUCUCUGUCGUCUACGACAAUACAGAGUGUCGACCGCCAGAGAGGGCAGUCCUGCAAGUCAUUGACCCAAGGAAGAUUUCUGUCCGUAUGAUGAUUUCGAUCCUCUUAUGGGUCGAAGCAAACCGGUUCUGUAUAAACGCGACAGUUAUCUUACCGCGUCCCAGCCCAUACCAAGGCGCGUUAUGGCGAGGAUGGCUCAAGGUUCCGGGCGGAGAGAUGAAGGAGCUCAUUCUUUACACUCGCGCGAUAAGCCCGGAGAACGGAAUCCUGAAGAGAACCUUCUCCGAGUUUGAUAUCUACACUCUUCAACGUUGUCCGGGAGCAUGGGCUGGUUUUGUCGAAUGGAAACAGGCCGUCGAAGCUCAGGCCAGAUCAUCUCCGCUGAAAGCGGGAGACAUCCUGAAGGUGAACUGGGAUGCAAUCGAGAAACAGUAUACGCUCUGGCGCGCGGAGCCUGACGCAUACUACCACGAUAUUCCCGAAGAGUCUGCCCGCAUUGCGUUGCGGUACAUGAGGCCAAAAGAUCGUUCACUCCAAGCUUGGGCGGCGAAGGCGAAGCCUGAGGAACUGUGGUUUGAGAUCGAGGAAGUUCGAAGUGCUGGCUCGCGUCAAUUUUCUCAAAUUUUCUUCGGGAGACUAUGCGGCAGAGGACCGCUGCUUUGUCUCAAGCUGUUCGACGAACGGUACUUUCCGUUCCCUGACGACCCUGAUGAUGACGAAGCACCUACGGUGGACUUCGAAAAUACGCACGCGAGCCAACUGCUCAUGAACCUCCAUUUUGCUGUGGAUAUGAUCCGCCGCGAGGAGUCUGUGUAUGACCGACUGAGAGAUUUCCAAGGCUCCUUUAUUCCACAUUGUUAUGGAUUUCAUACGUUUACUUUGCCAGGGAAUACUUGGACGUUCCCCGGCUUGCUCAUGGAGAUAAUCGAGGGUCCUGAGAUCGGCGAUUGCGAAGUGCACCGCUGGACCAUUGAGGAACAACGAGACUUCGUCACCCAUGUACGGCACUGCGAGCGGGUGUUCAAGUUCGCUGAAAUCGAGCAGACGGAUUGGAAUGACCGGCAGAUGAUGUGUCCCGUGGAUUCUUCUGGUCAUCGGCACGCCGUAUUUCUCGACUUCGCAUUUGCGAACCAGCGGUUGGGGGAGCAUAGAGGAAAGCCGCCCACGGAAGAUGCUAUAGUUCUGAAAUAUCUCCUUAUUGACAGCGGCAUCGACAGGAAAGUCAUGGAUGAGUGUUGGUUUCCCCUGGUGGCUGACGAGCAGUGA